GUAAAAUGUCUGUUCCGGGAUCCUACCAGGCGGCCGCUGGGCCUUCCUCGGUGCCAACUGCACCCCCAUCCUAUGAAGAGACGGUGGCUGUUAACAGUUACUUCCCGAUGCCUCCUGGCCCGGUGCCGGGGCCGACCACAGGGCUGGUGACGGGCCCGGAUGGCAAGGGCGUGAAUCCGCCUGCCUACUACACGCAGCCAGUGCCCGUCCCCAAUGCCAGUGCAAUUGCUGUGCAGACCGUGUACGUCCAGCAGCCCGUCUCCUUUUUCGACCGUCCGGUCCAGAUGUGCUGUCCUUCCUGCAACAAGAUGAUCGUGACUCAGCUGUCCUAUAAUGCCGGCGCCCUCACCUGGCUCUCCUGUGGGAGCCUGUGCCUGCUGGGGUGCAUAGCGGGCUGCUGCUUCAUCCCCUUCUGUGUGGAUGCCCUGCAGGACGUGGACCACUACUGUCCCAACUGCAAAGCUCUCCUGGGCACCUACAAGCGUUUGUAGGACUCGGCCAGACCCGGAGGGAGCUGUACGCUGCCGGAAGUGCUCUCCGACUCUCACCCCGUCCUGCCCUGGUGGGAGUGGUGUCCCGCCUCGCUAGCCUCCUCUCUCCAGGGUCUUCACCUUCGUGUCUUCUUUUGGGGGAAAAAUAUCGCAAAAGUAACACACCUCCGAAACCCCAGAGGUCGCUGCUCGGAGUCAUGCACAGGACCUGCAAAGACAUUCACCCUGAGUGCUGGUUCCCGCCUCCGGUGACGCCAGGCCACCCCGUGCAACUGGGACCGUUGCCCCAUCGGGAUCUUCCAGUGAUUGGCCACUGGCCGGCUUCACUUCUUGCCUCCGUGGGCCUUUCCAGGGGGGUGGUCUCAAGCCAGGAAGCCACAGGUUGCCUUACUUUUCGAGACUGUUCUGGCCCAAAUGCGGCUGACCCCACCUUCAGUGCCUGCGUCCCGCUCACCUGUUCCCAUGGCCCAUGAUCUCUGCCU